AUGAGACUCUCAAACAUCAUCUCCCUCACCCUCGCCUUCGUCGCCCCAGUCACAGUCCUGGGAGCUCCGGCAAACACUUUGCACCGUCGAGACUGCCCAUCAGUCCAGACCAUCCGUGACUGGAUUCGCGACAAUGCCAGCGUCGGCGAAAACACAAUCUUCUACACCGCCGGCGCCAAACAAGAACAGGCCAAAGCCUUCGCCGAGCAAAAGGUCACCAACGGCAACUACUGGGGCAAAGUGUUUGACAACAACAAGUACCUUGACUGGAUUGAGGAAUGUGGCGAGGGCCCUGAGCAGGAUAAGCUGUUUCCCCGUAUGGGUGAAGCUCUUGCUAGGGAGUCUAGCGGAACGGCGUAUGUGAUCAUGAUCCAGGGCAAUGCGAUUGCCGAUUUUUGGAAGGACAAUGAAUAUCCUUUUCUUGAUGAGAAUGGUGUCAAGAUCAUUGCUGUCAACGCUGAGAACUUUGAUGAUCAGAAGGAUUAUAAUGGUCAGCCUUUCAAGCGGGCUAUUGAGUUUUAG